AGAGGGACAGGCAGAGACAUAGCAGCAGAUGGACUUCUGUGCAGACCUGCCAUACACUUACGAAUGGUAGACUGUAUAUGUGACAGCUUAUGUGUGUGUGUGUGUGUGUGCAUGGAUAAGAGAGUGUGUGUGUGUGUGUGUGUGUGUGUGUGUGUGUGUAGGAUCAUGGUUCUGAAAGAGUGAGUGUCUUUCAUGUGCCCUGGUAUUGGAUGCAGGCAGCAAUAAUCCUCUUGAGGGAAUCUCGGCUACAGACAAGUGAGCAGGAGCCAGGGGAGGGAACACGUUCGGCUCGCCACACUCAGGUGCAAGCACCGGCAAACCGCUGCGGCACACCUACGAUCAAUGCAGGAGCAUCUCUCCAUGAAUGCUACCGAACGGUAGCGGGACCCUUUUUUUUCUCCAUUUGGUUGCAUUUAGAUCUUUUUCUUCCCUCCCCCGAGAAGAGAGAAGUGUGUCUUCGCCGCAGGCCGAGCAGUCGGGACGGUGCGCCCCUGGGAGCGAGCGCAGACAGAUCCUCCAUGCUUGAAGAUGAGUCUGGACGCCGUGCAAGUGAUGAGCGGCCAGGUGAAGGAGCUCAAAGUCCCCCCGCCGUCCAACGGGGACAGCAGGGGAUCAUGGGAGGAGAAAGAGGAGUUUGACCGAGAUCACCUGGGCCUCAGCACCAAGCCCAAACCGGUGACAGGGAGACGAGCCCGGAAGGUGGAGGGAGGCGUGUUCUUCCCAAAGCCAGAGAACGCAGUGACUGUCGCCGUUUCCUCUCGCGUCCUGUUUCGGACGGAGCGCGAGCAGAAGGUGUUCGAGCAGGAGGGGGUGGAGGAGUAUCUGAGAGACCAGAUCGCACACGAGGACGAACCUUUCGCCCCCGGGCCCGCGUUCCCCUUUGUCAAAGCUCUGGAGACGGUCAACGGUCGCCUGCGGGAGCUGUACCCACAGAGUGAGGAGCUGUUCGACAUUGUUCUGGUGACGUACAACCACGCGCACGUGGGAAUACGACUCAUCAACACCAUAAACCAUCACAACUUGUUCAUUGAGAGGUUUUGUAUGACGGGCGGGAGCAGUCCUAUUGGCUACCUGAAGGCCUGGCACACCAACCUCUACCUGUCCGCUGACGCCGAAAAGGUCAGGGAGGCGCUGGCUGAAGGCAUCGCAGCGGCCACCAUGUUCAUGCCAGGGAAGCAGACGGAGGUCUCCGAGUCGCAGCUGAGGGUGGCGUUCGACGGCGACGCCGUCCUCUUCUCGGACGAGUCGGAGCGCAUCUUCAAGGCUCACGGGCUGGACAAGUUCUUCGAGCACGAGAGGGCGAACGAGGACACGCUGCUGGAUCACGGUCCCCUGAAGGGCUUCCUGGAGGCACUGGGGAAGCUGCAGAAAAAGUUUUACGCCAAAGGCCACCGGCUGGACUGUCCCAUCCGGACGUACCUGGUGACGGCUCGCAGCGCGGCCAGCUCUGGGAUCCGGGCGCUGAAGACGCUCCGGGCCUGGGGCCUGGAGAUCGACGAGGCCCUGUUCCUGGCGGGGGCACCGAAGGGCCCCAUGCUGGAGAAGAUCCGGCCGCACAUCUACUUCGACGAUCAGAUGUUUCACGUGGAGGGCGCGGCGGAGGUGGGCACCAUCGCUGCCCACGUGCCCUAUGGCAUUGCACAGAAACACAACCCCAAACAGAAAGCCGGUGUGGGGAAGUAGGCAGAAGGAGGACGGGGGGGGGGAGGAAGUUCGGAGAGUUUGGAAAGAUGAACUUUGACUGUGUUGUGUGUGGAAAUGCAUCAUUUCCACACCGUGGCAAAUGUAUUCUAUGUCUGUUUUUAUCACCAUGCAAACUGUCUCAGCUUGAUGCUAUAUUGUCUUCGGAGUCAGACACAAGUCCAGGUAGAGGUCGAGCAGGAGUCUGGGACCUGAGAUGAUAUUUUAAAAAGCCUCAGUCUGCUCAAUACUGACGUGUUUGGUCAGAACUUGCUUCAUAUGCAGGGGUGCACAUACGCUCUUAGGUCUGGUUGUCAAGAAGUCCGAUGAUGAUUGGUAUUUUGCUCUCCUCAUUAAAACAUGGUUGAACGACGAUGUGGGUCCACUACCGGAUUGAGCCUGCGCUUGGAUGUUUGAAUCCAAGAUUCCACAGCAGGCUUUGGGUAAAAAAAAUUCUCUGCUGUCAUCUCAGACGAGUGGGUGAGAGGUGGGAGUCUGCUUUUUUUCUAAAAAGGAUAUUGAGAUGUGAAAAGCCAAACACACGCAGCGCUGCUCGAGGGCAGUGUCAGGGACAACAGAGGGAUUUUUCCUGAAAGUUGGAGAAACGGUCUGGAAACGCAUCCGUUUCUCUUGACAGGGAGAAACUCCGUCAGCAGACAAGCUGGCCUCAGGUUCCUGAAGGAUGUCGUUCAUAAAUUCAUAUCUGAAUUUGACAUCUCAAUACAUCAGCGAGUCAGCUUCUCUAUUUGAACAGUGUCUCCGCUGUCGAGCAGAGGUGUCAGCUGUCCACUCGGCACCGCCAAAGCUCAGUUUUGAAAUUGUCUUGCUGGGACCAGGAGAGCGAGAGCAUCUAUUGUUCAGAAUAAUAACCUGAAACUUUUCUUGGUUAUCACAAAGGCAGAUGCACCAGUUACAGUAUGUGCACCCCGUAUGAAUGACUAUACAGGAACUUUAAAGGUGCCUCAGUGCCGUUCUCUUUCUCUGACUACCACUUGUAUUCAUGGAGGAGACACCUCUCAAGUCGGAGGAUGCUGAAUGAAUGGAUUCCCUGACUCCUGUUUAAGUCAAGCGCAGAGACGACUCGCCACGCUGCCAGUGGAGCAGCCGUGGGCACAAUGCAGAGAUGCUAAAAGGUUUUAAAGUUACAGGUGACAGUCAAUGCGUCCGUCGUUUCAGAGUUUGACUUCACAAGAAUGUGACACUGUUUGUUUGCUACAAAAAAUGCAAAAUGUACUGUAUAUUACUAAAGAUGGCAAUAUUAUCUAUAACCGUGCUAGUCCAAAACAAAUAUAGAAUCCACAAGUUUCAGUUGGUGCCUUACAGUUUCAACAAAGACACUAUUUUGUAACCGUGCCGGUGGUCGUGGUCGGUGCAGCGCUGUUAGAUGCUCUGCCGUUAAAUCCGGAAAAGGACAACGACUCCUCCAAAAUCCAUGAUUUGUUUCCACCCCCAUCAGCAUGUGGAGUUGGGCGUCCGCAGAGCCCCUCUGAGACUAAGUGCACCAGAGUGAUUUCUGAACGGCUGGUUGAUGCGUUGCAACUUGCCUUUGCUCGCUCAGGCCAAAAUGGUGGGCAACAGUUUUGUGAGAAUUGCAGUCCAGGGGGGCUUGUGUGCAUAGCUUGUCUUGUUUGAAAGUCAACCAAGUAGCACGAGUGAGGGAAUUGAAGCCCGUGAGAAAGAUGUUAAAGGUGACAUAUUAUGCCAAAAAAAAAAAUGUCAGUGUUUGUGCGCAUACAUGUGGGUAUUUGUGGAGCCUGCCAGCCCACGAACAAACGGCAGGGUGGUCUUUCUUUCAAAGUUUGUGAGCUGGCUAAACCCUCCAGCCUGGCUCUGAACAACUGGUUCAGAUUUCUCUCCCACUGUGAUGUCACAGUUGGACACUUUUGGGGUAACCCCACAUGCAAUCAGAGAAACUCUACUUUCUACUUUUUUGGUGAAAGGGUAUAAUGAUUACUACACAUUUUGAAACCGGUCGACCAAUAACAACAGAAUGGGCCAGAUGGCCAAUUAAGAGCAGACUGGGAUUCAUCGGGAGGGGGAGGGGCUAAAAUAAUAAAUCCAUUUUAAGACAGAGGGUGAAAAGAGGAGCUGCAGGAAUCGGCAGCGAGAGAACACUGAUGCCUUUUCUGAACGUUAGAGCAUGUAAACCUUUUCAAGUGGUCACGCAGAUUAAAAGUAUGAACCUGAAUAUGAGCAUAAUAUGUCACCUUUAAAUGUGCAUAGAGCAGCUAUCUUGAUGAGACCCCCUCCUGUAUAUCGAGGCGAAUACAGACUCUCAGUCUCUGCUUAGGCGUUGAUUGAUGGUGUGAAUCAAUACUCGAUUGGUAAUCAAUAACUCAUUCCUGUUGCAGAGUGACUUGUGUUUAAACUGGAAAACAUGAAUUUGCCGUCCAUUGACCAAAUGGCAGCAGUGGCCUUUUAGAAAUGUCAAUCCACUUCACGUCACUCCGUCACUGCCGGCAGCUCCUGGCAGCUCCUGGCAAAUCGUUCACCUGGGGUCUAUUCAUUACACCUCAUCAGUGACAAGCAGAGCCACGGGCAUCAUUAUGCCAUCAAAAAGAACAGAGGUGUCUUUUGGCAGUUGUGUGCCAUAAAAGGAGUUGAGCUGGGUUAUCAGAGCAGAUCAAGGCCGGCGAGCUUUAACUACAAAGUUCAAGACGACGACAGAUCCUUAUUAAACAAGUGGCAUUGCAAAUAAGAGAAUGUAAAUGAACAAUGUGGACAAUAAAUAAAGACACUGAUUAUAGUG